AGCAUUUGUUUUCGGACCACCAUAAUAUCAAAGAAGAAGACCCCGUACAGUAGGUGGCUGCAAUACACCAAUAGGUGUAAUCGAAAACUUUAAAGAAGAACGGAAGUGAACAGUGACCAGAAACAAGCGUUGUUAUUUAGACAUUUAACAUAAUUACCCCAGGUGGUGUUUAAUUCGCGUUGGUCCCGGGUCUUUGUUUAUAGAUGCUAUCUGGCUGCUGGUUAGCUAAAAAUGGCUAACGUUAACUGUAUGGUUUUUCACACUCAGAUAGCCUCCAUCGUGGAGGUUCUAGCGAAUGCAGCCGUGGCAGAGAUCUGUAAAGUCGUAGACGACGACUAUGCAGUGUUUCGUUUGGAAAUAACUCAAAGCCAGAAAGAAAACAGGGGAUUGCGGAGGAAGCUACAGCUACUGGAACUGAAGAUGGCACGGGAGCGCGCAGAGAGGACAACGAGAGAGCGCGUCCUCGCCAGUCGUCACAGUAGUGUCAGGAUCCUCGACCGAUGCAGAGGAAUGGCAAGAGGUGAAGGACAUCUAACUGGAGGCCACAAGAGCCUUGUGAAGCCAGCAGGACACAAUACAUGGAGAGAUGACCAACCAAUCACAAUUGAUGAGGGGAGUAGAACCUCAACCCAGCACGUUAUGAUGAUAGAGUCUGCAGAUACAGGUCCUGGGGUCAAGCUGGAGAGGUCUGAAGGAGAGGAGGACCCACGGCAAAGCAGAGACAUUCAGACUGAAAUGGCUGGAGUGCCCCCUGUAGCCAUGCAGGACCCCACGACAGCCCCAGUGCAGCCCAGAACCCAACACAGCAUCACGGAGGUCAGUGGACCAUUGAACACCGUCCUCAAGACAGAGACAGAUACCAAUACUUUAACUGUAACACACAGGCUGUUACACACAGGAUCUGACCACAGAUCAGACCCAGAGAGACUGGAGCCACUGGGCUGUCCUCCUGCUUCUGGCUCAGACUAUUUACCGAUAUUUCGCCAGAGGACGGUUCAUUCCUUUGGGGAUGGUGACGCGUUAGACACUGGCGGUAAUGAUCCAUCUUGUUCUUACGCUACAGAGAUGGACCCUGGCAACAUGCCCUUGGUUUUAGAGACACAGACUGAUCUGUCAAGAGGGGACUGGAACCGGCACAGUAGUAGUGGAUACUCUGAAGGGUGCCUAGAUAAGAAAGGGGAGGGUCUGGUCGUAGAUGAAGUGGAGGGUGACGUUCCUCCCACAUGGAAUGCAGCUAAUCACCUAGGAGACGGACACUCACGGGGCAGAGAUUUCUUAGAUUACAGGAAAAGCUUAGAGACAAAUCCAGAUGUCAUUACCCACUCCCCUUUACAUAUGCUCGGGGAUCGCGACCCAGUGUCCACGUCGAUGGGGCCUUCCGAUUCACAUGGCCAUGUCCAUUUCGAUCAGGCUCAGGGAGGGGGAGCCACAUCAGGCAACAGUAAAGAGAAACGGUUCCUCUGCAUGUUCUGUAACAAAGGAUUCAGCUGCCUCCAGAAGGUGGAGAUCCACCAGAGGGUCCACACAGGGGAGAAACCAUUUAGUUGUACUCAGUGUCACAUGCGUUUCGCCCAGGCUGGCCACCUGAAGAGACACCAGAUGGUCCACACAGGGGAAAAACCCUAUAGCUGUACCCAGUGUCACAUGCGUUUCGCCCAGGCUGGUGACCUGAAGAGGCACCAGAGGGGUCACACAGGGGAGAAACCCUACAGCUGCCCCCUUUGUGAGAAUAGGUUCUCAGAGAGGACCUACCUCAGGAUACACCAGCAGAAAAAACAUUCCACUCAAUAGAAAAUAACCAUUCCACUUGAUAGCUUCUGACUUGAGAUCAAACCCUUCACUAAAGACAAGGAUUCAUUUUUAUUUUUGUCAGCAGAAAAGACCCACAGAUGCAUUUGGAAUAACGAGAUGAACAGAUUUCAGUGUUGAAUUUUCCUGGGUAGAAUAUUGCAUCCAGACGUUGUGUGAUAUGUAAAGGCAUAUACAGUUGAAGUCGGAAGUUUACAUACACUUAGGUUGGAGUCAUUAAAACUCGUUUUUCAACCACUCCACAAAUUUCUUGUUUAACAAACUAUAGUUUUGGCAAGUCGGUUAGGACAUCUACUUUGUGCAUGACACAAGUAAUUUUUCCAACAAUUGUUUACAGACAGAUUAUUUCACUUAUAAUUCACUGUAUCAUAAUAAUUCAGGUGCGUCAGAAGUUUACAUACACUAAGUUGACUGUAUCUUUAAACAGCUUGGAAAAUUCCCGAAAAUUAUGUCAUGGCUAUAGAAGCUUCUGAUAGGCUAAUUGACAUCAUUUGAGUCAAUUGGAGGUGUACCUGUGGAUGUAUUUCAAGGCCUACCUUCAAACUCAGUGCCUCUUGCUUGACAUCAUGGGAAAAUCAAAAUAUAUCAGCCAAGACCUCAGAAAAUAAUUGUAGACCUCCACAAGUCUGGUUCAUCCUUGGAAGGAAUUUCCAAAUGCCUGAAGGUACCACGUUCAUCUGUACAAACAAUAGUACGCAAGUAUAAACACCAUAGGACCACGCAGCCAUCAUACCGCUCAGGGAGGAGACGCGUUCUGUCUCCGAGAGAUGAACGUACUUUGGUGCGAAAUGUGCAAAUUAAUCCCAGAACAACAGCAAAGGACCUUGUGAAGAUGCUGGAGGAAACGGAUACAAAAGUAUCUAUGUCCACAGUGAAACGAGUCUUAUAUCGACAUAACCUGAAAGGCCGCUCAGCAAGGAAGAAGCCACUGCUCCAAAGCCACAAUAAAAAAUCCAGACUACGGUUUGCAACUGCACAUGGGGACAAAUUUUUGAAGAAAUGGCCUCUGGUCUGAUGAAACGAAAAUAGAACUGUUUGGCCGUAAUGACCAUCGUUAUGUUUGGUGGAAAAAGGGGGAGGCUUGCAAGCCGAAGAACAUCAUCCCAACCGUGAAGCAUGGGGGUGGCAGCAUCACGUUGUGGGGGUGCUUUGCUGCAGGAGGGACUGAUGCACUUCACAAAAUAGAUGGCAUCAUGAGGUAGGAAAAUUAUGUGCAUAUAUUGAAGCAACAUCUCAAGACACCAGUCAAGAAGUUAAAGCUUGGUUCCAAAUGGACAAUGACCCCAAGCAUACAUCUAAAGUUGUGGCAAAAUGGCUUAAGGACAACAAAGUCAAGGUAUUGGAGUGGCCAUCACAAAGCACUGACCUCAAUCCUAUAGACAAUUUGUGGGCAGAACUGAAAAAGCGUGUAUGAGCAAGGAGGCCUACAAACCUGACUCAGUUACACCAGCUCUGUCAGGAAGAAUGGGCCAAAAUUCACCCAACUUAUUGUGGGAAGCUUGUGAAAGGCUACCCGAAACGUUUGUCCAAAGUUAAACAAUUUAAAGGCAAUGCUUCCAAAUACUAAUUGAGUGUAUGUAAACUACUGACCCACUGGGAAUGUGGUGAAAGAAAUAAAAGCUGAAAUAAAUAGUUCUCUCUACUAUUAUUCUGACAUUUCACAUUCUUAAAAUGAAGUGGUGAUCCUACCUGACCUAAAACAGGGAAUUUUUACGAGGAUUAAAUGUCAGGAAUUGUGAAAAACUGACUUUAAAUUUAAUUGGCUAAGGUGUAUGUAAACUUCCAACUUCAACUGUAUAAGUCUAAAAGUCUGUUACAUAUUGUGUUUGUACUGUGCUGGGCAAUUGGCGGCAAUUGCUUUAAAAAUACAACAUUUUCUCUACGCCCAUUGGCAAAAUGUGUAGAAUUGCAGGAAAUUUUGCAAGUACAUUCAAUUUUCACGUGUUCCAUCGCAAAAUGACAUAAACAAAUCUCAGUAUCAGACACUGCAAGCUCCCAGCUACUAUCUAAUCAACGCUGUAUUGACAUUGUCCCACCCCUGGUUAGUCACUAUUGGAUGAAAAAGCCAAAUUUAACACUCUCCCAAUACAUUUUCAGCAAUAUUGCCUCUGUCUGUCUGUCUGUGUGGUGCAGACAUUUGUCUAUCACUCUGUGUGUAACCAGUUGAUGUGAUAACUGUCUUUUGAGUUUCCCCAAAACCUUUUCAAUUAAAUAUGAACUGUUUGUAUCUAUUAUUUGUUAUUUGCUAACUUUGCCAUGAAAUGAGCAGAAGCAGUACAGAACCAUCGCUAGACGCAUAAUUAAAGGAACAGAUGCACAAUUAAAGGGGAAUACUUUUUGGGGUAUUCUACCAGGCAGACCAAAAACACUAUUUUUGGGGAAAAAUCUGAUUUUACAGGGCCCCCCUAGUUGUUUAUUAACCAUGACUUUACCAGGUAUAUUGACAGAAAACACAACUUUCUCUUAUACAAUAAGGGCCCAGGGAAGAGUUGCAGGGGAUAGAAGAACGUGCCUAUUUGAAAGCUAGGAAAAAAUAAUAGCUUGAGAGAUGAAUGUGGUUUUCAUAUGGAGUAUUUGAAACUUGUUUCUGUUUAAUAAAGACAACAUGUGAUUUUCA